AUGGCCGCCCACGACAAAGUCCGAUGGCAUCCACCGCUCAAGGCACCGGCUAUCGAAGUCGUUGACCUGCUCUCCGACUCGGAAUCCACUUGCACUCCGCCGAGAACCAGCGAGCACACAGGAAAGCACGACGCGUACAGCACAGUCUUGAGAGCGAAGGGCACGGCGGAUGACGAUAUACAAUGGCGUGCACCUCUCAAGGCUCCUGUGAUUGAGCUCGACGAUCCGCUCCCGCUAGAUGUAUCGACGGGAAUGGGCGAGGUCCUCGUGAGCGGUGAAGAUGUCAAGGCGCGCGACGCGUCAGUGGAAGGAAGCGAUAGCGAUGAGGAUAGUCAAUGGUCUCUCUACGAGGAUGCGCUGGGUGGAGACGAAGAUGAGAUGGUGGUACGUUCUGGUGACGGCUCGUGCACUCUCGAAGAAUCCUUGGCAUUCCGCAAACGACUAAGACUCAUUGGAGGUGACAGGUUUAUUGCAGAGACGGUGGAAGCAGGCAACAUAACGGCCAAGAAGCUGUGUACGGCGUUCGGCAUCCGGCCACCAUUCUUCUUGGACGGGGAACCAGAUGAGGCGUACUACUCUCUACUGGACCUUGCAAUGUGUCGUGAGCUAUCGAAAAGGGCCAAACUGCCACAACAUAACACCAUUGAGGAUGCGGUAUCGUUGUUGAAGAAGUCACGGAAUAUCAUUGUCCUCACUGGAGCUGGUAUAUCAACAAGUCUCGGUAUCCCAGACUUUCGAUCCAAAGAAACCGGUCUGUACUCCCAGCUACAGCAUCUCGGUCUCGGUGACCCGCAGGAGGUGUUUGAUAUCAGCCUCUUCCGUGAAGAUCCCAGCAUUUUCUACAGCGUUGCCAAAGACAUUCUGCCGUCGAGCAAGAAAUUUUCGCCGACUCACGCAUUCAUACGACUGCUGCAGGAUAAGAACAGGCUCUUAACAAACUUCACGCAAAAUAUCGACAAUCUGGAGGGCCAUGCGGGGAUUCUGCCAGAGAAGCUAAUUCAGUGUCAUGGAUCCUUCGCCACUGCAACGUGCAUUGAGUGUACAUAUAGGGUCAAAUGCGAAGCGAUAUACAAGGAAUUGAAAGCCGGAAGGGUAGCGCGUUGCGAUCGAUGUAUUCAAUCUAUAAGACAAGCGAAACCGGGUCUCAAGCGGAAACGAAGCUCCAAUGGGUCGUCUGGUUCGAGGAAAAAACGGCAAAGCUAUGAGGAUAGUACGGAUGAUGAGGAUGACGAUAUUGCAACUGCAGGAGUCAUGAAGCCGGAUAUCACCUUCUUCGGCGAGGAUCUCCCAGCGACCUUUCACAAUCGAUUGAUGGAUCAUGAUAGGGACCUCGUAGAUCUUGUACUUGUUAUUGGGACUUCGCUGAAAGUGGCGCCUGUGUCGGAGGUUGUUGGGGUGUUGCCGCAUCAUGUGCCUCAGCUGUAUAUUUCCAGAGAGCCAUGCAAUCACGCCAACUUUGACAUCGACCUUCUGGGUGAUUGUGAUGCCGUCGUCACCGAGCUCUGUCGACGUGCUGGAUGGGAUCUGCAGCAUGAGAUGAUCCCCCAUGAUGAGAAAGUUGACGUGCAGCUGAAAGAGGGCUACGACUCUCGAUUUUCUUUCAAGGUUGUUAAGGCAUAG